AUGCCUAUGAUGCCAAUGUUUAACAAGCAUAGGCAACCUCGGGAACAAAUCACGGCUAUCAAUGAAAGCCUAUUAGUACUUGAUAAUCCAAACAAAAACGAGAAGGACAAACGGAAAGCUGUUGAAGAGAUAGCUCGUUCUCUUAAUAAUCUUAAGGAAGUUUUGACUGAUCGCUCCGAUGGUAGAUCCACUGGCAGAGAACGAGACUCAGAGGCUUCAAAUCUCGAACGUACUCGCAUUAGUGAAUUGCUUUCUGAGGUGACUCAAGAAAUCAUCAAUCGCGAUAUGGUUCCUCUUAUUCUCGCUCAUUUGGAGGAGAUUGAAUUCGAGAGUUGCAAACAAAUUGUUGAUCUUUUUGCCCAUAUUCUUCGCAAACCUGCUCGACCAUUUAAUCCAAUUAUUAGAUAUUUAUUGGAACACCCUGAAAUACUUAAUACUCUUCUUAAAGGCUAUUAUACACCGGAAACUGCUAUUCAUUUCGGAGCUAUUUUACGAGAUGCUUGUAGAAAUGAAAAUAUAACUAAGCUGGUGCUUGGUUCUCCUGGUUUCUAUGACCUUUUUAUCCAUGUUCAAGGAACAGCUUUUGACAUUAGUUCUGAUGCUUUCACCACACUUCGAGACCUUCUAACGAGACACAAGCCUGAGGUAGCCGACUUUUUGGAGAAAAAUUAUGAUGAAUUCUUCAAGUGCUAUUUGACUUUGCUCACCUCUGAAAAUUAUGUUACCAAACGCCAAGCUCUAAAGCUUCUUGGAGAACUACUUUUGGACCGUCACAACAGCCGAAUCAUGAAUCGAUAUAUUGCUGAUCCGGAAAAUCUCAAACUGAUGAUGAAUUUGCUCAAGAGCAAGGAGAAGCAAAUCGCCUUCGAAACCUUCCAUUGCUUCAAGGUAUUUGUGGCUAGUCCAACUAAAUCGAGGCCAGUUCAUAUGAUACUCUACCAAAAUCGGGACAAGUUGAUCUCUUUCCUGCAGAGUUUCCAAACGGAUAGGUCAGAGGAUACUCAAUUCAACGAUGAGAAGCAGUACCUGAUCAAGCAGAUCCGUGAACUACAGCCCCUUGCCCCUCCUUGA